AUGGCGGCCGCGCUUGAACUUCUCAAAUUUUUUUCCUGUAAGAGAAAGGCAGAACAAGAGUUUUUAGGUCACCAAUAUAGGUUAAAGGAAGAAAUGGCAAAGAAACGUUUUCGUAGGGAGAUGGAGUUCGAAACUGAAGCUUCACAGCCCGCUGUUAUGUCAGCAAUCGUGAUUACAAAAAGCGACAGAAACGAGCGUGGUCCUGAUGAGUUGAGGAACGGAAAUUGGUGGACAGACGGAUAUCAAAACUGGGAUGAAGAAUCUUUCAAGAAAAGGUUAAGGGUGUCUCGAGACACUUUUGAAUUUAUUCUAAGCGAAAUUAAAGACCUUAUCGUGAAGGAGCCCACUCGCAUGAAGCCUCACCCUACUCCGCCUGCUACCCAGUUGGCUUUAUGUCUAUACAGACUAGCACACGGGUGCACGUUUUUGACCGUUGGAGAUCUCUUUGGAGUUGCAGAAUCAACUGCUCACAUCAUUUUCCAAGACGUUUGUAAGGCCAUUGUGGGAUGUUUGUAUGACAGAUUCGUUUACCUGCCAAGAAAUCUACAAGAGUGGAGUCAAGAACUGGAAAUUUUUCUGGGAAAUUGGGAGUUUCCUUGUGUUGGGGCGUGA